ACGACUGACCGGAACUAACUUAGUCCUGACUUCCGUUGCUACUGUACUCUGUCAGCGAUUUCUCCCAUCAGCUGUAGCUUUACACGAAGAUCGACAGAAGUUCUCGAUCUGUUUUAAGAGCCUGAACACGGCGAUAAUUUGGCGUUUUACGGUUGAACACGAGCUAAUGCUGCUCUCUUGAUUCUAUGUUAUUUGUUUGUGUCACGUCGAAUGCUAACACAUGCUAAAGUUGAAGCUAAGCCGGUUAAUGUGACCGUUUUACAGGAUUUGACCCCAUCAGUGGUCAUUUAAAUGUGCUCAUCAAGUAACAAUCUACAGCGAUGACCCCUCAAAAGAAGAUGAAGAAGAGAAAGGAACUGAAUGCUCUGAUCGGAUUGAGUGACGGCAGCAGAAAGAAAAACAAACAGACGUGCGGACACAGAUUACUGCGAACCGAGCCGCCCGACACCGAAUCUGAGUCCAGUUCAGAGGAGCAGGAAUUCAUCAGAACCGGCCUGCUGCCCUCGGGUUCAGUGCAGUGUUUUUCGCUCUGUUACCCACUGUGUAUCUUCAUCAUUCUGGCGGCGUGUGUUAUGGCAUGUGCUGGUCUCAUAUGGAUGCAGAUUUCUCUCAAACAGGAUCUGGACUUGAUGAAAGAGAAGAUCCGCAUGAUGGAAAGCAGUCAGCAACUUUCCUCCCAUGAGAUUGUGAAGCUGAGUGAAGAUCUGAAGGAGAAAGAGAGAAAACUGUCUGAUUUGGAGAGCGGCGAGAGAAGUUUGACUAAACUCUGGUCUAAUGUGACAGACAUCAGUCAGAAGAUGAGUGCGAUUGAUUCCGCUGUCAAUCACCUGAAGACAAACAUUAAAUCAGCAGCAGAUCUCAUCGCUCUUCCGAGAGCCGUGGAGGAGCUCCAGAAGAGUGUGGCUACUAUUGGCAGCACCCUCACUAGUGUUCAACAUGACGUCACACUUAUACAGUCUGCUGCGGAAGAGAGAAGAAGAGAUCAACUCAAAGAGAAAACUGAUGAAGUGCGAACAGGACACAGUUGGCAAGAAAACAACACUGGUUGUUUUGUCUUGAAACAGGACAUACAGUUUGUUCAGGACGGCCUGCAGGAGUUAAACAGCACUCAACUGCUUCAUGAGUCCUGGUCCAGUGAACAGAUUCAGAGUAUUCACUUUGUGCUCUCCAAUCUCACCAGAUGGAUGUCCGCAUUACAGCAGAGCUCCGCAACUGAUGAUAACCGUCCAGCAGCCGCUGACCAUAAACUUCAUACCGGAGAAGAUGAUUCCAGAAACACUGGUUCCUCGGCAUCUCGUCGUCCGAGAUUUCUGUCUCACAAACGCCAUAAAAGAGGUCGGAGAUCUACCCGGAAGACAGCCCUAUUUCCUGGGAUCAGCUCUGUGAAAGAUCUGGAGAGAGUGCUCUGUCUCGAGGGUCACUGGUGUGGUGGGUUGACGUAUGAGGAGUUAAGGUCUGUCUUCGGCUCCGAUGCUCCAGCCUCGACUCUUCUUCAGCCGUAUGACGCAGAUGGAGAUGAGGUGUAUACACUAGAGGAGCUUCACGCGGCUGUGUCGGCUUGAGCUGGACUGAGGUCAGUGAUGUUUGACUGUUCGAUGGAUCACAGGGCACAAAUUCAGCGCUCCAGCUGAUGUUUACACACACCGUACUUCAUCUCACAGACUCUCAUGUUAAGCACUGAAAGAUUGAAAGAGAAAUGAUUCAUGUCAUCUAUUUGUUAUUGUGACUGGAACCUUUAUUGCAAAGUUCAUCCCAGAUAGAGAGAGUUGACAAUGAGCAGUUCUCAAAACCAAUGUCUGUAUGUAAAUUCUAAUGUAUUUAUACAUCCUGGUAGCAUUUGUUUUAAUGCAUUUUAAUUGAUGCUGAUUGACAUUGUAUUCAUGUAUUGAAAAUGAGAUGAAUAAAUCAUGAGGACAGUAAUGAGAGGAACUGUGGGAAGUGUAAUCAGUAGUUUCACUGGUAUAUUGAGAUGUUUUCUGCUGUAUUUCUAUCUGAAAAGAAUUUGAGUUCUGUGAGAACUGACAGCAACAUAAAGAUGCUCAUUAUUAGCAAUAACAUCAUUGCUUUUUGUACAUGUAACCACUUGAUAUUUAUAUGAUCAUGUAAUGCAAUGCACUUGGCUGUUUUAUUUGGUUUGUCCAGAGUAACUGACGGUAGUACUUUGAGGGCGGGUAGUUAAAAAAUGAAUGUGUAUUUAUUCUCUAAUCUGUCUGUAUAUUCUGCACUUGACUGGAGCUCUUCACAAACUCUGCUGUCAGCAUUGUAUAUAUUGUAGAAAGUGAAUUUAUAUAUGAAUAAUGACUUAAGUAGAGCAGUAGAAAGAUCACUUGAAAUGUGUACAUUGUAAUAAUGAUUUCUUUCCUCAGUUUUGCAAUGCACGGGUAAUGUCAUGAAUAAACGCUGAUUUUAUGUC